GUGAUCAAGACAUCACCCCAGAGUUGCGCCAGAAACUUCAGAACAUCAAUAGUCCUUCUGGCAGUCAGGAGCGGCAGAGCGAUGAUCACGAAGAAUCUGAAAGAGCCGCAGCUGCAAGAGCUCGCGCGCUCCAGAUCCUCGUUGAUCAAGAAAACGUUGCUUGCCCUUGGCAGGCGAUCGAUCACGAUUUAAUUGCAGCGAGGGCAAGGACCCGCGGCCUUGCAACGAUGGACGCUCAUAUGAGAUCUCAGAAGACCUGCGCAUGGGAAAAGUCAGAUUAUGAUUUGGAGAAGGCUCGCGCGAGAAGUCAUGGUCUGCAGGCUCUUGCCCGAGCAGAGGCUCCGGGCACAGAUGACUGCAUGCCAAGCGACUUCAUGCUCCCCCCACCGAAGAAGUCAUUCUUGCAAAGACACCGCUACGAGCUUCCCAAGGAGAAGGCUAAUAUGUUUGCCACCACCACAGGCGCUUGGGAAGACAGCGGUGUCAUGCCUCAAGUGGUCAACACUUCUCUGACCGACAUUCCGGAAAACAGCACCGGCGCCAUGGCAGAGUUCCUGGGCGGGAACCUCGGCGCUGACUUGCCAUUCAUCAACGAUGCCAUUACCUCGUCGAUUAAUGCCGCGUCGGCGGAGAAUAUCGACUGGCAGAUUUCGGCCGAAGGAGAGUUCAGCCCGGAACAGCUGAUAGACUUGAUGAACCCAACCAGCGCUCCGGAUUUUGAUCCGAUGCAUGUCAUGGAGACGAACUGGAAUGGGGAUAUCAUGCCGUCUACGCAUACAUCCUCGAGCAUGGACCUGCCGAAUGACUUGCACAUGAACGACAUCAGCCUGGAAGAUAUGAACUUUGACGAUAUCAUCUUCGAAAUGCCAUUAGAUGACACUUUUGGCACUACUAGCGGUGCUUGAUGAGCAACAAAUUGGGGAGGAUUUAGCGAUCUUACUAGACUGCAUGGGAGGAAAGUGCGGAUAGAGUGCGGUAUAGAGGCGUCUGGGUUCUCCGAAAGCAAUUGUCGCUUCGAAAGAGUGAACGUUUUAUCUGUGAAAGAACAUCGACCAAAGUAAUCAUAACUGCAAUGGUGCAACUACUUCGUUCAUG